AUGGACUGGCUUGAAGUCAUAACGACCACCACGCAGGACUUGUCAGACGGGAGUGCAGAUUGCUGGAAUCGGGUUAGAAAGCUCGCGGAUGACUCAUACAAGACUUGGACGCAGGCAACACCAGUGGAGAAGUUGAGCAUAUCCCCACCAAGAGAUGAGGAGCUGGAGUCUGGGAAGUGGAGCCGUGUGAACUCGCGCGGGGCAUCAAUGGUGACGGCGCUCCACGAUUCGGUGAGGCAAGAGAUGGUCCAGCGAAGAUCGACGAGAUCGGUGACGGCCCUGAUCUUCAGGCUGCUCACAAUCUACCAGCCGGGCGGCCAGCAAGAGAAGGUGACCAUCUUGAAGAACCUGCAGCACCCAGAGCAGGCACCAGAUGCCCAAGGCGCGGUAAAGGCGUUGAGAUCGUGGUCCAGAUGGUUGCGAAGGUGUAAAGAACUCGGUGUAGCGGCACCAGACCCAUCGUUGCUGACGUGUGGCCUCACAACAAUAACCAAGAAAGUCUUGGAGAAGGAGGCUGAGGCGAACUUCAGAACGAGCUUAGUAAGAUCACACCUCAUGGUGGACACAACCCCCUCCUACGACACAAUGGAGAAGUACUACCAUCACCUCCUGGCAGAGUGUGAGACGAUUAUAGCCUCUGAAACCAGAGAAGACUGCCACUACUGCGCCAACCACAGCUGCGCCGACGACUUCCCCAACUUCAAGGUCUUCUUCACAGUCAACGACAAAGUGUCCCUUCUUACACUCGUGGGAUGGUUUGGAGAAAACCGGGCGGUGUCUGGCAUGCGGGGGAAAGAACCACUCUGCGAAGGACAGGAUGCAGUUGACCUGAAAGAGGUGUUGGCGGAUGUUGGGAAAAUGUUGAAGGCUAUGUCGGCUACCUCUCUCAAAACCAUCAAGGUGAACCCUGGCAGGGAUGAGGAGGAGAACGACUUGGCAAUGAAGCGGGUUUUCCAGGAGGAAGAGAAGGAAGAUGGGGAUACUGGUCUCCUUGAUAGCGGUGCAAGUCAUCCAAUGAGACCGGCAGCCGAGGCCGAGUACGCGUGCGGGCAGAACUCCAGUGGCACGAUCUUGGUCCAGGAGGAGGAGGCAAAGAUACAGCCAAUAGUGCCUCUUGGGGCAGUGAUUGAGACGUUGGGAUAUACCCUUCACUGGACGCCGAGGAACCUCCGUCUUACCCAUCCAAGCAAGAAGACCGUACAAGUGAAGAUCAGAAACCAUUGUCCUGAGGCCCUGAACUUGAUCAGGGAGCUCGAGGUUGCCCAGGUGAAUGAGCUGAACACCAGAGUCGCGAACUUGAAGGCCCGAUUGGAAGUGAUUCGUAAGGAGGAGACCAAGGAUUGGACCGAGCUUCUCAAGGAUUUUCGAGAACAGGCCAUCCUUACCUCCCCGAUCACGAAAGGCCUCCCUUCGGAUGUUCAGUCUCUUCUUCUGGAAGGAUUCGAUCCUCAUGGUGGAGAGAAAUACCUGAAAGCUCUACCUUUAUCCAGGCGAAAGAGGAGGGCUCUCAUGUGCUCCCGGAGCUGGGUUGUGAACUGUUUUUCGGGAUCCAACGAGGACAAGCAAGACCCCUUUGAGACAAUCCCCAUGGCCGGCAAGGUUGUUCUGGACAUUGACAUCGCAAAGUCCAGGCAUUGGGAUUUCCACGGAGAGGGAGGAGUGUACCAGCUUCUCCUCUGGGCAGCAGCAGAUGGACGGAUCAGUGAUGUGAUUGGGUCUCACCCACACAGUACCUGGCCAACCUUCAUGACGCCAACCCGGGGACCAGAGUCCUACGCGUUGAGGACGGCCGACAACAUCUACGGCAUCAAGGACCUCACGGCGACCCAGCGGCAACGGGUGGAUAAUGAGACGGCUUUCGCUGCAAAGCAAAUGGUGGUUUGGUUGAUAGCCCAGAUGUGUGGAAAGAGGGAAGAAUGCGGGAGAAUUUCGUUCUACAUGGGUGCCUUCGAGCACAAAGCCAAGAGGCCUACUACUUUGGCCACUACUUACCCGUCUGUCAACCAGAUCGACAAGAACUACGACUUCAGUGAUAAGUGUGUCCCUUCUUCUCUGUUGAGCCGCAAAGAAAUGAGGAAAUGGUCAAGGCCGUUCAAGACCUUCGUCGCAGAGGCAGUCAAGGACCACCACACCGGGCGGUUCCAGGAUGAGGAGGAGAUGAUCAGAGCGGGAGCAAAAUUGCAUAAGCUGACAAAAGAACAGCGCGAAGCAUGGCACCGACAUCUACUGAACGACCACCAGCCCUACAGAGCGGACUGUUCGGUUUGCAUCAAUGCCCAGGCCACUGGAUAUCAACAUAGAAGGCGUCCUCAUCCAUCUAUUUACACCCUCGGGCUGGAUCUAGCAGGACAUUUUCGACAGAAAGGAAGGGAUAUGGACCACGAGGAUUACAAGUACAUCAUUGUGGCAGCCUACCGUUGUCCGAAGGAGUACAUUUACAUGAAUGAAAAGGUCGCAGACUUUUUGGACAAGGACCUCUCUGUGCCAGAUGAACCCGAGAAAACUGGCUGA